CUUGUUGUUUGUUGUUAUAUUUAAUUAUCUGUCUAUAAACUGUGUCUGUGUUUUCCGGAGCAAAAGCACGCGCCGCAAGCGUACCGCGACCACGCGAAAGCCAGCGCCAUCCUAACGCCUGCCACGCGACAAAGCGAUUCGUGGCGGUGGAGACGGUGGCGAGAAAAGCACGGGCUGAAAAACAAAAAAAAAUCCCACCCGGAAAAACCAAAAUUCGACGCAGCGAGCGACGCAACAAGAUCGCAGCGAGAAGAUCUUACUUACGGUGUUUGAAAAAUUGUGAAAAGCAUUCGUGCGAAGAUCCGUGAUCACCACCAGUGAAGUGAAGACAGAUGAUGCAAAUUUAAUGAUAAACUCAACAAUUGUGCAAGCGUGUAUGUAGAAAUCAAUUGUAAAAUUUUUUAGGAAAACUCGUUCCUAAGAUCAACAAACACAACAGUGUAAAGUGAAACGGAGUUGUAGUUUGUGAGCUUUGAGUACGGAAAGCGAUCGUAUCGAAAAGCUAAAGGAAGAAAAUUUCAAUCUUUGCGUAGUAUAAACUUACUUAAAUUUCGCUAGUAGACUUUUUGCAAGUUCCAUAAUAAAUAUCGUCCUAUAGUUAAAAGAGUCCACUAGGGAGCUUGAAGUUCAGAUUGCUCGAUAAAAUCAGCCCCGGGGGUUGUGUGCAGCAGAACGGAAUCUAAAUCGUGCGUUCAUCAAGUCAAAUCCGAAGUGUACGUCUUGAACGGUUUGAUUGCGCUCGAAAGUCACGGUCACGCGUAAACCUAACAUUCCUGCAAGCUGCCGAACUUGUAUACUUACUGUUCAAAGACAGGACAAACGCAUAGUUAAAGUCCAUAUUGCGAGCAUAUCGGAUCGCAUAAAGACUCUGGACAAGCAGAAGUGACCUCAACCGUUCCGUAUCAUCGUUUCCAGUUGUUCAUCGAGUGAAAUCAAUACAUUCCAUAUGGUUCACAUGAUAGAAGUUGUGCGCCAAGGGAAAGUUGACUUUCCUCAAGUUAUUAUGAACCGUGCUAUUCAAGUCAAGCCAGCGGAUAGCGAGAACCGCGGUGGUUGCGCCUUCGUUAAAUUUACCUCGCAUCAAGAAGCUCAAGCUGCUAUAACAUCACUUCACGGUAGUCAAACUAUGCCGGGUGCAUCCUCUAGCUUAGUGGUAAAGUUCGCAGACACCGAGAAAGAGAGGCAACUCCGUCGUAUGCAGCAAAUGGCCGGCCAUAUGAACCUGCUGAGCCCGUUCGUGUUUAACCAGUUCGGACCGUACGGCGCCUACGCGCAGCAGCAGCAGGCGGCCCUCAUGGCGGCCGCGACCGCCCAGGGAACGUACAUCAAUCCCAUGGCCGCACUAGCAACACAAAUACCUCACGCGCUGAACGGUUCAGGACAGCCGGUGAACGGUGCCAUCCCCUCGCUGCCGUCGCCCACGAUGCCCACCUUCAACAUGGCCGCACAAACGCCCAACGGCCAGCCGGCCGGCUCCGAGGCCGUCUACACCAACGGAAUCCCCCAGACCUACCCCGGACAUGCGCUGCACCUGUCGAUACCCGCUCAAGGACUUCCGAACGGAGAUGCCGCCCUGCCGCACGCCGCCUACCCCGGCAUCCAGCCGUACCCCGGUGUCGCCUACCCAGCCGUUUAUGGACAAUUUCCGCAAGCUAUUCCGCAACCGAUUGCCGCCGUUGCACCAGCACAGCGCGAAGACAUGUUGAUGUUCCCAGGCUGCUCCAUAUCGGGCCCGGAGGGUUGCAACCUGUUCAUCUACCAUCUGCCCCAGGAGUUCGGCGACGGCGAGCUGAUGCAGAUGUUUAUGCCCUUCGGAACUGUGAUAAGUUCUAAAGUCUUCAUCGAUCGAGCUACCAACCAGAGUAAAUGUUUCGGUUUUGUAUCGUUUGACAAUCCAGCCAGCGCUCAAGCUGCGAUUCAAGCCAUGAACGGUUUUCAGAUUGGUAUGAAAAGACUGAAAGUUCAGCUGAAAAGACCAAAGGAUGCGAAUAGACCCUAUUAACAAUCAGAGAUUAAAAGCGCUUUAAAGAGUGCUUCUGCUGAAGCUUUAAAAUAUGAAGUUAAUCCUUAGACAAAUUUAAUCUAAUAUCAUCAAUUAUCAGUGCAGUUAUGAAUAGAACAAACAAAACUACAACCAAUCGCUUAAAGUUUAAAAAGGAAAAAAAACCAACCUAACAACACAUAUGAGGAAAAAAGGAGGAAAAGUUUAAUCUACUUAAUAUAAAAAAACAAACAAAAAAACCUACACUAAACAAAAAAAAAACAACAACCAACAGAUUACAAAGCUAUACAACAACUGUUAUGGCAGUGAAUUUCAUCUUAUAAUAAAUCUUAUAUA